GUAGUUCUGCAAGGCUGGAGUCGGAUUGCAUCGGAUGUUUUCCGAGCACAGCGUUGUGCAGGACGUGGUGUCUGCAUGUCGUCGGUAAUGCUCAUCAUCCAGGCCUAUAUUUAACAUUUGAAUGCUACCACUCAGUUAAGAAGGCGUUUUCUCCGCCGCACGCACAUGCACGCCGAGGAGACUGCACUGCUCGGAACCGCCAGUAUGGACCUACACAUACUGGACCACAGGCUACGGGUCACCAGCAUAUCCAAGAACGGGCUGGUGAAUUUCACACACCCCCUGAUUAAACUGAUAUUUCUCCGGAACAGGACACGAUGUAAGUUUUUCAGUCUGACGGAGACACCAGAGAACUACACAGUUGUCCUUGACGAGGAAGGGUUCAAAGAGCUUCAGCCCUCAGAGCAUCUCAAGGUAGAAAGCUCCAUCUGGCUGCCGCUCAACGUGGUCUCCAAUGGCAACUCCUCCAGCAGCUCACAGGCUGUUGGCGUGACCAAGAUCGCCAAGUCGGUCAUCGCCCCUCUGGCCCAGCAGCAUGUCUCUGUCUUCAUGCUCUCCACUUAUCAAACCGACUUUAUCCUGGUGAGAGAGAAAGACCUGUCGGUAGUCAUCAGAACUCUGGAGGAGGAGUUCAAUAUCUACAAGGAGGUGGGAGGAGAGUCUGUCCCUAUGCAUUGUCAGGAUGUUUCCAAUGGCCUCCAAAAGAACGGAAAAGAAGCCAUCCAGGCCACAGUUCACCCGGUGCUGAUCCCCCAGAACCAGUUCUGUGUCAUGUCUCUGGACCCAGACACACUGCCGUCCAUCGCCACCACGCUCAUUGACGUCCUCUUUUAUUCCAACUGUCCCAAAGAGGAUGCACAGUCGUCUCCCAACCAGGACUUGGACUGUAUCAAGUUCUUCUCCUUCUCCCUCAUUGAUGGCUACAUCUCCCUGGUGAUGGACACUGAGGCUCAGAGACAGUUUCCUGCCGAUCUUCUCUUCACCAGCUCCUCCGGGGAGCUGUGGAGAAUGGUCCGUAUAGGGGGACAACCGCUUGGCUUUGAUGAAUGUGGUAUAGUUGCCCAGAUAUCUCAGCCUCUGGCUGACAGCGACAUCUCUGCCUAUUAUAUAAGCACCUUCAGCUUCGACCAUGCUCUGGUCCCUGAGGAGGACAUAGUGAGUGUGACAGGCAUGCUCCAACAUCAGAGGAAAGAACCAGCCGCCAGUUGAUUUCUGAAGUCCGGUCUGAGCUGGAUGAUACUGGCUCAAUAUGCCGUCUCUCACUCCAGUGGCCAAGUGUGGCAGGCCAGUAGGAAAAGAGGCUAACCCUGUGCCUAGACUAACACUGCAUUGCCAGCAGUAUUAACUACUACAAACUUGCUAUGAACACCAGAAGCGCUUUUCUAUGGUGUGCAUACACAGUUGGUCUGUGAGGCCUCCUGUCUUACCUAUCUAAGGCAGGAUGCACUGAGUCCCAGGGGGCCCACAAGCUCACAUAUGCAUAUCAAAAUGCACAGUCACUCCUUCACACACA